GCGGCUGUUAGGGCUCAGUUAGAGCCGUGAUGCGCUUCCACGGUGCAAGGACUCGCCGCAGGGCUCAGAAACGCCUUUUGGAGCCCAUUUGCGCCGAGAACAAGGAACAGGAGGAACAGGAGGCGGGAGGAGCGGGAGGGCUCUGAGGGACGACCCCCUAUUGUGCCUGGUGCUGAGGCGCCCGCCACGCGCCUGAAGGCCCCCCCGCGACGCGCCUCCUCCGCCUGGCCAGUGCAGCAGCUGCCGCCGCGAGCUCAGGCGUUCUCCGCGGGCACUCGCGCGCCGGCCAGGGCCCCGCGCGCUCCCGCGCCGCCUCGCCUCUACGCGCCGGCGUGCGCGCCGCCGCUGCCUCUCUCUCUCUGUCUCUCCCUCUCUCUCUCUCUCCCUCCCGUGGUAGCAGGAGCAGCGCGGGCGGCGGGGCUGGAGCGUGGCUGAGGCGGCCAUUCCUACAGAGCGAGAGAGAGCGCAGCGUGUCCCCCCCAGCUCAGUCGCGCACAGGAGAUGCCCUCGGCUACCAACAGCACCAUGGCGAGCAGCACCACCGGCAGCAGCACCGGCAAAGCGGGACCGGGCAGUGAGGCUGCGCCGGCGGCGGCGGCCCCGCAGGCAGCGGCGGGUGUGAACAUCACCACGGUGCAGACCGAGGCCAUGAAGCAGAUCCUGGGGGUGAUCGACAAGAAACUGCGCAACCUGGAGAAGAAGAAGAGCAAACUUGAUGAUUACCAGGAACGAAUGAACAAGGGAGAACGUCUGAAUCAAGAUCAACUGGAUGCAGUGUCAAAAUACCAGGAAGUGACAAAUAAUCUGGAAUUUGCUAAGGAACUGCAGAGGAGUUUUAUGGCUCUGAGUCAAGAUAUCCAGAAAACAAUAAAAAAGACGGCUCGUAGGGAGCAGUUGAUGCGAGAGGAGGCUGAGCAGAAGCGUUUAAAGACUGUGCUGGAGCUGCAGUUUAUUCUGGAGAAGCUGGGGGAUGAUGAGGUGCGCAGUGACCUCAAACAAGGAUCCAAUGGGGUGCCAGUGCUGACAGAGGAGGAACUGACAAUGCUGGAUGAGUUUUACAAGCUGGUUUACCCUGAACGAGACAUGAACAUGAGGUUGAAUGAGCAGUACGAGCAAGCAUCUGUUCACCUGUGGGACUUACUGGAAGGGAAGGAAAAACCAGUUUGUGGAACAACCUAUAAAGCGCUGAAGGAGGUUGUUGAACGGAUUCUUCAGACCAGUUACUUUGACAGCACCCACAACCACCAGAAUGGACUGUGUGAGGAAGAGGAGGCAGCACCUGCACCUGCAGUAGAAGACACUGCAGCAGAGGCUGAACCUGAUCCAGCAGAAGAAUUUACUGAACCAACUGAAGUUGAAUCAACUGAGUAUGUAAACAGACAAUUCAUGGCAGAGACUCAGUUCAGCAGUAGUGAGAAGGAACAGGUAGAUGAGUGGACAGUUGAAACGGUUGAGGUUGUAAAUUCCCUGCAGCAACAGACACAGGCGACAUCUCCUCCUGUCCCGGAACCUCAUACGCUCACUGCUGUGGCUCAGGCAGACCCCCUGGUCAGGAGACAGCGAGUACAAGACCUCAUGGCACAGAUGCAGGGCCCCUACAACUUCAUGCAGGACUCGAUGCUGGAAUUCGAGAACCAAACACUUGAUCCUGCCAUUGUAUCUGCACAGCCCAUGAACCCAGCACAGAGUUUGGACAUGCCCCAAAUGGUUUGCCCUCCAGUUCAUGCUGAGUCAAGACUUGCCCAGCCUACCCAAGUUCCUGUGCAACCAGAAGCUACACAGGUUCCCUUGGUUUCUUCUACAAGUGAGGGAUAUACAGCUUCCCAACCCAUGUAUCAGCCUUCUCACACAGCAGAGCAACGGCCACAGAAAGAAUCAAUUGACCAGAUUCAGGCUUCCAUGUCCCUGAAUGCAGACCAGACCCCAUCCUCAUCAUCACUUCCCACUGCAUCCCAGCCGCAGGUGUUCCAGGCUGGAUCCAGCAAGCCUUUGCAUAGCAGUGGAAUCAACGUCAAUGCAGCUCCAUUCCAAUCCAUGCAAACAGUAUUCAACAUGAAUGCACCUGUUCCUCCUGUGAAUGAGCCAGAAACCCUUAAGCAGCAAAACCAGUAUCAAGCCAGUUACAACCAGAGUUUCUCCAAUCAACCUCACCAAGUAGAACAAUCAGAUCUCCAGCAAGAACAACUCCAGACAGUGGUUGGUACCUACCACGGCUCCCCGGACCAGAGUCACCAAGUGGCAGGAAACCACCAGCAGCCUCCCCAGCAGAGCACUGGAUUCCCCAGGAACAGCCAGCCUUACUACAACAGCCGAGGGGUGUCCCGGGGGGGAUCCCGUGGGGCCCGGGGCCUCAUGAACGGUUACAGGGGCCCGGCAAAUGGAUUCAGAGGGGGAUACGAUGGCUACCGUCCUUCCUUUUCCAACACUCCAAACAGUGGCUACACACAGCCCCAGUUCAAUGCUCCUCGGGAUUACUCAAACUACCAGAGGGAUGGAUAUCAACAAAAUUUCAAACGUGGCUCUGGACAAAGUGGACCUCGGGGAGCUCCUAGAGGUCGUGGAGGGCCCCCCAGACCAAACAGAGGGAUGCCUCAGAUGAACGCUCAGCAAGUGAAUUAAACACAUUCACAGGAUUCCGUUCAACGCCAAAAACACGCUGGCCAGUGUACAAUACAUGUUACCAGAAGAGUUAUUAUCUAUUUGUUCUCCCUUACAGGAAGUUUGUUGUAAAGGGACUAUUUUCAUUACCCAUAAUGACAGGACUACAGUUGCCAGCUUUAUAUUCCCUGGAUAUUGAAAGGAACGAAACAACGUUUACUCUGCAUGUUCUGUCCUAAGCAUCAUCUUGAGCCUUGCACAUGAGAUUCAGAUUCCUCACCCUUGCUAAGAAUAAAGCAAAAAAAGGCAAUUUUCAGGGUGAUCCAAUCUCCAUGGUUAACUGCAGUGGCAGGAAAAAGCAAAGACUCACUUCUGAUAUUUAAAAGUGAUUUAACAAAAUUCAGAUAAAAUCUGCAAAUCCAUAAAGAUUUACUGUGGUUGACAAAACUUAAAUGUUCCCAUUAAAGGAUGGAAAAGAUGAAGUGUGGCUUGGUAGAACAACUGCAUUUCAGCUUUUUCUUAUUAAAUCGAAGCACUGAGCAGUUCAAGAUGUGUAGUGAUGCAUUUGUCCUGAAUAGACAGGUGGCUUAGAGGCAGUUUCUGACAAAGAAGAGGCACCCUUAGCUGCAGCAUUCCUCACCACCUGAUUCCUGUGGCUAAGGAUUUAAGAGCGCUUGCAUAACUGCUGAUGUAAUUGUGUAAUUAUUUUUUUUUAGGAGACAAGGUGAAAAACAAAAACUUUGAUUUGGCACUUGGACAAAAUUUUUGCAACAAAUCCUGAGCUAUAAUCUGGAUGGCCACUGUAUAUUUGAUGUGAAGUAUUUAGAUAUCUCUUUGAAACACUUUUAAGUUUCUUUGAUAGCAAUGACUUUUGUAAGGAUUGGUAUUCUCUAUCAUUCCUUAUGACUUGCACAUUGUCUGUCACUAAUACUUGACCUUGCUGUAUUAUCACCUAAAUAACUGAUGCCGGUACUGAUGGAAAUCCCCAAUGGAUAAUCAUAACACUUUUGGUCACAUGUCCUUUUGUCUUUCUUGCAGCCUUGAAGGUUUUAAGAAAUCUCAAAUGCCCGCUGCUGCUGCCCUUCCAAUUGCUAUCUUUUGAAAAGCACCAGUCUGUGUUUGAGUUGAUUUCCCCUUUUCAGGGAAAUGACAGCCAGCAGUUACAGUUCUAAUGGUAUAAGCAAGAUAAAUAAAACAUGUUUAUAAAAAUUGUA